AUGUUCGCGACGGUCAACUCCUUCCAGCCGUACCUGCGCAACCUGACGUGGGCCUCGCUCGUCUGCAGCGCGUGCGUGCUCGGCGCGUCGCUCGUGUCGCAGGGCAUACAGUCCUUCUUCCUCGCCCCCGUCGCCGGCUUCUUCACCCUUCUCUUCCACUUCACUGUCAUCAUCAUGCAGUGGCGAGACGUUCGCUCGCGCGCGUACUCCAAGUACUCCACCCUCACCGCGCUCGUCAUCGCCUACCUCCUCGCCGCCCUCUGGGCCGCCGCCUUCGCCGUCAUCGGCUGGCUGUUUGUCUUCAACGACUACUACGAGGACUACUGGCACAACGUGUACAUGGGCCUCGCGAUCGCGCAGCUCGUACUCGCCGCGGUGGAGGACGUGCUCAUGUGGAUGAUCGCUGCGCGCGCGACAAUCGAGCGACAGCACGGAGUGACGCGCUACAAGGCCGUCAUGGAGACUUCGAGCAUUUUUGAUGAGGAUAUCAUGGCUCCCCCCAAUGUACUAUCAUUAUUUGCUAUCCUCGGUCUCGCUCGCUCUACUGUUCACUCUGUCGGAUGCACGUCAACAUCACACUCAAUAUCCGACAUCACUGGCCUCACCUUAAAUGCUGUUGGCGACGGUCGUCGGCAUCAACGGGUUCGAGCGGAGGCAUACCUGUUCUCCCUAGGUCACUUUGAUCGGCUAAGCGACCAGAAGGAAGCUUCGCAUCUGGAAACGCAGCAAGCCGCGUCGCGCUCGCGCUCCAUCACCCCCGCGUCCUUGCAGUUCACUUCACGAACACACAUUUCGAGCUCCACAUCGAGCGUCGUCUGGCUAGUUCGAAACACAUCGUCCGGCUCGCCAUCCUGUCGCCUCCUUGCUUUACAUUCGAUUCAACACGCAGCACUUCAACUCGACGUGUUCCUGAUGCAGACGUUGGGGUCCUUCUCUGCCAGACGUGAGGUGAUUCGUUCGCCAGACGUCGGCGUCCUUCGUUCGCUCGACGUUGAGGUCCUUUGUCAGCCAGACGGUGAGGCCCUUCGCUCGCCCGACGUUGGAGUCCUUGGUCCGCUAGACAUUGGGGUCCUUCGUCCGCCGGACGUUGGGGUCCUUCGUUCGCCCGGCUGCCCUUCAGGAAUUCUACUCUCGCUACGUCAGCGCAGGGCUCUCCAACCGAGUCCUCUACCUUGUCCGACCGAGCCGUCCACCUUCUUCGACCGAGUCAUCCACCUUCUCCAACUGAGUCCUCCACCUGGGAUCGAAUCCGCGCGUACUCAUCCAGGUAUCUCGGCCGUCGAGUCAGUGUCUGGUAUGUCCGUCGCGUCAGCGUCUGGUAUGUCGGUCGAGCCAGCGUAUGGCUUUCCGCGCGCAGGGAAGGAUAGAGGUAUGCUUCGCUACAUAUUAAUCGAUUAUGUGCGAUGCGCUGGUCCUUCCCUUGCGAGUGGGGGCGGGCUGCUGCGCUCCCGCGCCGUCGUCGCUCUGACCAACAAUUUGGUGCUUGAUAUGAGGAGGGAGCGCGGGGCUUUGCGAGGACCGGCGUCGGCUGACGGAGAGGAACGCCAGAUGCGUCGGCUGCCAGAGCGUCGUAGAGAAGCGCCGGCUGCCGGAGAGGAGCGCCAGAUGCGUUGGCUGCCGGAGAGGAGGGUAGCAGCCGACGGCUGCCAGGAGACGGCGCUUCUGCUAGCGGUGGUUCGAAAGCCCUUGAUCUGGUCCAUGGAAGCCUUUGAGCUGCUCCGUGACGGCGCAUGUGCCGGGCGUGCCAGAGCGGGUCAGAAAGCUGACGCCGGUCACACUGUCGCGCGCGAAGUGCGGUACCCUACUAGGGUUGUGGAUGCGACGUUACAAGCGUGGCUGGACAGCUUCAAGCCGGUCGCGGGUGGUGCGUAA